GUUUCCAAUAUGGCUGCUUCCAUAACCACCAAACAAUAAUAGUUCAAACUUGAAUAUUGAUGCAAAAAAUUGAAAUAGAUCUAGACUAGAUCCAGAUACCACAUAAUAACGAUCUUUGAAAAUCAAAUCUAGAAUAUAUCUAAACCAUAAAUAUCGAUCUCUAGAGAGACAAUCUAAACAAAAAAUAAUCAUUAUCAUAUCACAUUAUCAUAUGAUUAUCAGCUACGUGAGAUGCCUACAAUUAUAGCCCUUGAUGUGUCAUUGUCCAUGUCACGAUCUGUUCUUCUGCCAGACUCUACAGAGGAAUAUCAGCGGCGUCAUAUAGCUAUCCAUGGAAUUAACACAUUUUUAGAUUAUUUAAGCGCUAACUAUAAAUUGGAGUUUGUUUCUUUGAUUGCGUUUUCCUAUCUUUAUGAACAACUGUCAACAUUUACUAGAGAUUAUAGUAUCAUAAGAACAGCCUUAACCAAAGUGGAAGCCUUUAGUAAAACUUGUAUUGAGUCAGCACUUAAGGGAAUUAAGGAUGUGACAUCUGAGGAAUGGAGUAAUACAUCUUGUCAGGUUAUUUUAAUAACAGAUGGAAGCCUGGGUGUUGGAGUAGGCUCCCUUAAACAUUCCCUAGAAACAAUGAAUGCUAGAAAAUCUGUAGAAGAAAAAUUUCCUUUACCAUUUCCUUUCCCCUGCAAGCUUCACAUAGUAUGUAUUGCCAACCCUAAUGAUCCUGAUGUGCGAAGUGCCUUGCCCUAUUACCAGAAACUAAUAAAUGUGGGGAAUCAAGGUGGAGAAAUUUUUCUUUUAGAUGGAGCAAUAUCUUUCAAAUCUGUUGAAGAAACAUUUAAUCGUCUAGCUGAGAAAUAUUAUAAUCCGUAUUGUGGAACAUUAUUAUGUGGUAAUUUCAAUUGUGCAGUGCAGUUGUUUCCUAAACCUGAGCCAUUUAUAAAGCAAUCGAAUGAUGAAAAAGUCACCUAUGGGGUAUCAGACAAAAUAGAAAUAAUAGGGUUUUUAGAAAUCAAAGAUGUUGGCAGCCCACCAACAGUAGCUAGGCAUCUUAUUUUACCAAGAUCAACAAAAGAGAAGUCAGACACCAAAGACAAAGAUGCCAAGAAUGGGAAAUCUGAGGAAGAAGACGACAGUCAAGAUGAUGGUAAAACUCCAUCAUUUACAGUUCUUUUACAUGGCAGCUUAAGAGUAGAAAGUAUGGUGGCUAUUGCAAGGGUCUGCAAUGAUUGGUAUGGCAUGAUAUAUUCAUGGGCAGACAGUAAGAAAAAAUCAAAUUUGAUGUUAGCAUUAUUUGAUCCAGGUCAAGAUUCAGUUCCUUGGCUUGGACCUUUUGAUAACCUCACAUCAUGGAAAGAAUAUUCAGCAGAUGAUGAAGAGAAAAAGUCUCCUUUUCCAGUCAGACCUGCAGAUAAACGCAGUUACGCUCAGUCUUGUGUUGUGUGGAUUAAACCAUCUGGUCUACAGUCUGAUAUUCAGAAAGUUCUAAGGCAUGCCAGAAAACUUCCUGAUAAACUACAUCAGUUCUAUAAGGAAUUAAAUCGCACUAGAAGAGCUGCACUAUCCUUUGGCUUCCAUUCAUUAUUAGAAGCCUUGGCAACAAUGCUUGAUAGAGAAUGUACCCUACUGCCUGGUUCAGCACACCCUAAUGCAGCCCUCCAGCUGACACAUGCAGCUAAUUUUCUACGUUCAGAGCAAGCCUUUGAUGAGAAGCAGAAUGUUGUACCACUUCUGACUAAUUUCGCUAGUAGCUCUAAUUGAUUUUUUUAGCCCUUGUAAACCCCCUCAUUUGAUUGUCAUAAAGAUAUUGAUAUUUGUUUUGUGUGAAAAAUAAAUGUAAAUAAAGUUUAACCAUGGUUAAAA